AUGAAAAGGUCAGCAGGCCAGCUGUUGGAUAUGCCUACUAAGCAGCGAAUCAAAGAACCUCAAGUUUUAGAUGCUGUGAUAAAGGUGGCAGAGCUUUUGUCCACAAUUAGACACAAGACUAUCGACUUAAAGAAGCCGGCGGGAGCAAAGUGGACGAUUGGAAACCUGGACGACACCAUUUACAGUGGGAAGGAGAACGUGGUGUAUGGGUGGAACAAAUUUUACCUUCAAGAUAAAGUGAGCAUGCAGGUUGUGGGUAAGGUGGAGGGGACCUCAUGCCCGUGUGGCCAGCUCGUCCUGAUGACCUGUGAGGACAAAAAGGUGUAUGCCUACGAUGGAGAGGAGCUGCAUUUGGUGGCUUCAAGCCUGAAGCAGCUGAUUGAAGAGGGAAUAGAGUAUCCAUCAGACAAGACCUACUACGAAGGGGAGGCAUUCAAGAACAUGACCGACAAGGACUGGGAAAAAGUGAGGAAGGGUCCCGAGGGGAAACGCUUGGACGAAGAGCACCGUAAACUGGUGACAGCAAAGAAGUCCAAAUUCCUGGAGAGUCUACUAUCUAUUAAUCUAUACGACAAAACACGAUCACUGGAGUUGUUGAAAUUUGAUAUAUUAAGAUUUGUAUUUUUCUAUUGA